AUGACCAGGAAGAUCUUUGCCAAUACCAGGGAGCGAUGGAGGCAGCAGAAUGUCAACAGUGCCUUUGCUAAGCUGAGGAAGCUCAUCCCCACUCACCCUCCAGACAAAAAGCUCAGCAAGAAUGAAACACUUCGCCUGGCAAUGAGAUACAUCAACUUCUUGGUCAAGGUUUUAGGAGAGCAAAGCCUGCAGCAGGCAGGAGUGGUUGCUCAGGAAAACAUCCUGGGACUCUUACCCCCAGCACCUCAUCUUCCGGAUAGGACUCUGCUUGUUGACCACCAGAUUCCUUCACCUGGCAAAGGCCACUCCAUUCCACAGUGUGGCCUAUCUAUCCCCUUCCAGAGUAUAACUUGUUCAGUAGCUGCUGACUGUGGACAGCCUUUUGCAUGUUUCAGAGUCAGCUUGAGACUUUGGAAACAUGAUUUUAAGCUCUGUAGAAGGUGCUCCGGGAACCAACAGGAGGCCAUGAGCACUCUGGCCUUGCAAUUUGCAGAACCACCUGUCUCUAUUUUGUCUGUACCCAAAUGCAUAAAGUGUAUGAUACAAAUUGCAGGUUUCAAAGUGGUUUAA